AUGAGCACAGCGGGGAGCUUUUACUACCUACGUCCAGGCACUUUCGAUGUCCUAGGAUACAGUUAUGGCAAGCUGGAAGGAGUGGCGUCUCGCCGUGGGAAGGUGAAGAUCAACCUCGUGCUAAGCGGACGAUGGGCAAAUGAGAAGAUUCAAGUUAGCGAGGUAACACUCGCAGACAUCACCGAACGUGAGGUGAGCGAGGCGGAAGCUCUUCAAGGACCAGGCACUUUCGUUGGAAGUGCGAUAUGCACAACCCGAGUGCCACUGGGGGGCGUCAGAGUCUGGGCGUACGGACUGGUGACUGGGUACGAGUGGUCUACUCAUCGCCAGGAGGGAACUGUCGAUGUAAACUUUGGUGACUCGACGGAGACCGUUCCUUACCAGGCCGACAACCUCCAGGACGUGUCCGUGGAAAUUUACGCACUUAGACCGUGUGCUUCGUGCGGUACCAGUGCUGUCAUGCCGAGAGAGCUGAAACAAAUCCACGAAAAGGUGUAUAAGAAGUUUAACGGUGCGGAUCAAAUCGCAGUGCGGAACGUCGACGAGUUAGUAGUGGACGCUCGUGUAAAACCCGUCAGCGAGGCUGCCAUCCUGCCAAUCUUUGAUAUUACCAACUCCAAGCUAUGUCACGUAAGUGUGAAACACAUUCUGGAUCACGUAUUCUAUAAGGAUGGCAAUCGCCCGCCACCCGCGGGGCUGGUACUCAAUGAUUCAAUAUUCACGGCAGUAGAUUCGGUUACUGACGUGGUUAAUACGCCUACCCAAUUGGAGCUGAACGAGUCAUUAAACGACGGUUUGAGCGACUCCGAAGACGACGAGGUGCAGCAAGUACCCAACCCGAUAACAACACGACGCAACGAGACUACGGACGAGCCACCACGGAAGCGACGUCGAACUGGAGACAGCCCACACGCGGUAGAGGCCGAAGAUCGACUGCACGAGCUUCGCCUGCGCUGUCAAGCAGACCAAGCCUUACAAGCGUAUAUCGACCAGCUUAUCUCACUCAGACGAGUAGGCGCCGCGGUGGAGCGCUCUAGUUUGAUAAGUCUGGCGCCAAGACCAGUGUCUGAGGACAACAGUCAAUUUCGGCCCUCGGGAACCCAAAGCAGAAUUCACCAAACGCUCGUACACGGUAACUUUUCUUACAUGACCCCGCAACAAUUCAUUGAGCAUGUAAAGAUUCAUUGGAAUCGAUACGGCUUCUUUCCACACCCUGCUGUGUUGCGCGGCCUCUUCAGUUGGGACUUCGGAACGCGCGGACGAUCGAUCAUGCACUUCAUGCGUGUGACCGAGAGGGAGAAACGAGACUCUGUCCGUCGGUACGAUAUGAGUAAUUUUUCUCGCAAGAAUUCGCUGCUAGCUCCUUCUUCGGUAUCAGAGUUCUCGAUGAUAGUUGGAGCAGUGGAAGUGCUUGCAAAUGUGGCUAAUCAACUCUACCAGCCCGUGGUUCAAGACCUCUUCACUCAUGUUUUAAAAUUUUUGGUGGAGCUACGUGUGCGCGAAAUGCCGAACACGAGGCGAGCUCUAACGGAGUUAGUCGAGUGGAUAGAUGAAAGAGUCGAAUUAUUCCGAGUUCACAUCGCGGACGGCGCAAUCACCUUGGCGGCUGAGAUUAAAACACAAUUCAGCACCUCACACGAAGCCUUCUUGCGCGUAAACUAA